AUGCCGUCCUGCGGUGCCGAUAACAACGUCCGUGUAGUAUCUGACGCUACCAAAUCCUCUCUCAGGGCUAACCCCAUCUUGCCCGACAGGUCGUCAAAGGGGCUGUACAAGCAGCGAGUUCUGAACUUCGCGCGUCCGACACAGCCGGCACCGUCUGUGGAGACGCGACCCGUGGCUCCCGAACCUGCGGCUAACGACAUCGAGGACCCCAAAGGCAAGAAGCUGUCGGUUGAGGAGCUUCAGCUGAAGUGCAAGGAGCAGUGGCAGCGAUACUUUCCCUGGCUAUUCAUCUCCGUAACCAAGGAUGGCCGACCCUGCAUGCGCUGCAGCAUCUGCAUGGUUUUCGCCGACCCCAACUCCAAGUACGGGCGCUACGGUGUUGGUAGCACCGACAUUCAGAUGCAGACGAUGCGCAAGCAUCACCACAGCCUGAAGCAUGAGGCGGCGGUCCUGCGGAAGGAGCAACGUGACGGAGCGAAGAAAGGACAGAGGUCCAUUGUGGACUUUCACCAAGGGGACGAGGAGGUCAAGCGCCUUGCUCGUUUGAUGUCGAUUGUUUUAUUCAUUUGCAAAUCUGACGCACCCAUUGUGCUCUUCGUGUCACUCGUCCAGUUCAUGGCUGAGCAGGGGACUCCGGAUCUGCCCCUUAAGGAGAACGGGACGUACGGCUUCGCACAAGUGGUCGAGACUAUGGUUGACGCGACCCAUGUGCUGCCGAUGGUACACAACACGACUUUGCUGCUGCGCACUCGUUACCUCGACGGCGACGACGAGUCUUUCGGCCAGGGCGGAGAUGCUUUGGGCCCCUUUCUCAAGAAGCACGCGUCCAGGGAAUGCCGAGAGGUGAAGCUGGCUGGCACAUCGUCCGACGGAACUUCGACUGACCUUACCUACACACUCCAUGAGGAGCCCAUCAAAGGGCAGAAGACCGGUGCGGACCACGGUGCGUGUUUGGAGUUGGCGCGCGCGUUCGUGGCAACCUUGACCGGUAGGCUCGAUCACCGCCUCAAGGACCUCGCCAACCUCGACGGGGCGAAGCUGUUCAAGCAGGGGUCGUAUCCCAAGAACCAGGCCAAGCGCGAGCGGAAACUUGCACAGUGGAUGCAGUCGCUGCGCAAUAUGUUUAAGAAGAAGCCUGAAGACCCCGACACCCUACCAGCUGCUGGAGGUGUUGCUGGUGCUGGUGCUGCUGGAGGUGCUGCUGCUGCUGCAGCUGCUGGAGGUGCUGGUACUGCUGGCGGUGCUGCUGGCGCUGCUGGAGGUGCUACUGGUGCUGGUGCUGCUGGAGCUGCUGGAGGUGUUGCUGGUGCUGGUGCUGCUGGAGGUGCUGCUGCUACUGCAGCUGCUGGAGGUGCUGGUGCUGCUGGCGGUGCUGCUGGCGCUGCUGGAGGUGCUACUGGUGCUGGUGCUGCUGGAGCUGCUGGAGGUGCUGCUGCUGCUGGCGGUGCUGCUGGUGCUGCUGGAGGUGCUACUGGUGCUCGUGCUGCUGGAGCUACUGGAGGUGCUGCUGGUACUGGUGCUGCUGGUGCCAGUACUGCUGGAGCUGCUGGAGGUGCUGCUGGUGCUGGAGCUGCUGGAGCUGCUAGUUCUGGAGGUGCUCGUGCUGGAGGGUGA